AUGGGUCGCGAAUUACAGAAGAAGAAGCGCAGAUCUUCGAUUGCGAAGAUCAAGAUGAAGCCGAAGAGCAAGAGGGUUAAUCCGUUGGGGAAUCCGAUUAUUGCUGCGAAUUGGAACCAAUCCGAAACCCUCACCCAAAACUACCGCCGUCUAGGCCUAACAUCCCGUCUCAACUCCGCCACCGGCGGCGUCGAAAAGCUCAAACCAGGCGACAUCUCCUCCUCCUCCACAACCUCCAAACUCGCCAUCUCAAACGCCAUCCCAAAGACCUUCACACCGACCGAAGCAACCGUCGAGCGCGACGCCAACGGGAAAAUCAUCCGCGUCAUCCACGCCACUUCCAAACCUAACCCUCUCAAUGACCCAUUAAAUUCCGACUCGGAAGACGAGAUUAUGGAUGAUGGUGAGACGUUUAAUGGGUUCGACGGAGAGAAGAAUGAGAUCGUGAAGCAGCUGGAGGAUAUGGCGGCGAGAGCGCCGGAGAAGAAACCAAGGAAACAGAGUACGAGGGAGAGGGAGUGGUGUGAGCGGUUGGUGGGGAGGUGGGGGGAGGAUUAUAAGGGGAUGGAGAGGGAUAGGAGAUUGAAUCCGAUGCAGCAGACGGAGGCGGAUAUUAGGAGGAGGGUUGGGAAGUGGAAGACUUGGAAGAGUUCCGGGGGUGGUGAGGAGGUUGAGGCUUGA